AUGUGGAGAGCGUGCAUUGGCGGCGGGUCGCGCUCAGAUUCCGGACGGAGGUCACCGUGUCUCUGCAGAGCUCUGUGGUGCUCUGUGCUGCUGCUCUGUGCUGCUGCUCUGUGCUGCUGCUCUGUGCUGCUGCUAUGUCCUGAUACUGUGCCAUGUCCCUGCCUUGGACUCGGGGUCCAUCUGGAGGGCCUCAGCGGCCCCGGAGACAGCACCUUUAAGAAGGCUCUGCUCACAGGAAAUGUGUCGACGGCAGCUCCCCCGCAGAGUCAGCUGCUCCUGACCCCAGCCAGCCUUCAGCUGGCCCAACUACAGGCCCAGCUCACCCUCCAGCGCCUCAAACUGUCUCAGGGGAGCAGCCCAUCUUCUGCCGCUGUCCUCAACCAGGUCCUCUCCAGUGUGGCUAUGUCCCAGCCUCUGUUUAACCACCUUCGAGCCUCAGCCAUGGUCAGAAACCCUCAAAGCACCUUCACCUCAGGGGUCCUUGGAUUUCCUUCUUCCAAUUCCACCUUAAGUGCUUUAGCCGGUGGAGUGUUUAAUCAAUGUGCAAACUCACUGCAUCCAAACCAGCCUCUCCGGGAUGCCAUGGGGGCCCAGACUCUAGACUAUGGCAAAAACACAGGUUACCCAUCUGAUACUGACAGACGGACUCAAUAUAACAUGAUUGGAGGUACGUCUGUUGCAGCCAUUACAGACAGACAGUUCUCUCGGAUAAAUACUCAGGAUAUACAAGGACAACAAGCUGGGUUCAGCCUAAAUGACCAGAGCGCAUUUGACUCCACUGUGCAAAGUGACCACUGGAAAGGUCCAGUCAGUCACACAGGAAACUGUGAGGCCUCAAACACUGGCCCUCUGUGGACAUCAGCUGGACAACCACUUCACUCACGGCCAGAUUUGUACAACCCAGAGGAGCCCACCUCCGACCCCAAGUUAAUCUCCAAUGGGAUGCAGGGAUUUGGAGGCUACCAGACAAUUCAUGCAAGCAAAGAACUCAAGAUACUUCAGCCACAUCAAGUCAAUGAUUAUUAUGCGGUCACUCCAGCUCAGCUGCCGCAUCAGUGUAGCAUCUGUGACAAGAAAGUCUACAACCUCAAGGACUGGGAGCAGCAUGUGAAGGGAAAACUGCACCUCCAAAACAAAACACUAUACAACAGUGAUAGCUCGGCCGUGGCACCGACUGGAGCGGUGCACUACGCUGUCAGCAGAGCCCUGGAAGCACCAGCGAGCGCCGGACAAACUAACUCUAUGGUCCUCACCACCUCAGGGCAAGAUGGAUCAUCGGGGGGCAGCGCUUCGUUCUUACCAGCUGCAGCCAUGAAGACCUACCCCCUCCCGGACACAGGCUUCACCCCCCUGCAACUAGAUCCAAAGUCCUUUCCUCCCAGGAAGGGGGCUGUGGGGAGAGUUGUUCACAUCUGUAACCUCCCAGAAGGAAGCUGCACUGAGAAUGAUGUCAUCAACCUGGGACUGCCGUUCGGAAAAGUCACCAACUACAUCCUCAUGCGGUCCACACAUCAGGCCUUUCUGGAGAUGGCUUAUGUUGAAGCUGCCCUGGCCAUGGUUCAGUAUUACCAGCUCACUCCAGCUACCAUCAACACUCAGAAACUCCUGAUAAGAAUGUCCAAAAGAUACAAAGAGCUCCAACUUAAGAAACCAGGAAAAGAUGUUGAUACAAUUAUUCUGGACAUCACUUCUCAGCGGGAAAGAGAUGAGAUACAAGAACAUGACCACUACGUAGCUGACAGGGGCCGCUCCCGCAGUCCCAUCGGCCGCUGUGUGAGCCCUCAAGUCCACAGCCCGGGUUUCAGCUGUGACGUCCCAGACAACGCUCAGGUCUCAGGCUGCAGAACCAUCAAUGGACAGGUGUCCCACAGAAACUCCUGGGACUGGUCCUCCCUCCCCAGGAGAGCAGUGGAUGAGAUAGAAGGUUCAUGGCAGAAUGAAGGCUGCGUGGACAAAGAUCGGACAAACAGCUGGGGCGCAGAUCGGCGUAAGACUCACCAGAAAGUCACUGAACACAUGAACUUGAGAAGUGAGGAGCGUUUAGGAAGCAGGGACUGGCAUCCACAAAGAAUGUCUUACCGAAACAUGGAGGACAGCUACUACACUAAAGAGUCAAUAUAUAAGUCAGACAAGCCACCCAGGCCACCUUAUCAGAGACAUGACCCCAAGUCCAAGAGAAGAGACAAUGAACACCACCGGCCCAGGUUCUCAGAGAUCAACUCAAGCUCUGAGGACAAGAGGAGCUCAGCAGAAAGAGGGAGGAGCAAAAAGACCAAGAAACACAGCAGCACAGAGAGGCAUAGUAAAGAACACACUGCUGAACAUAAUGAGCAAAACUCAAAAGAAAAGUCUGCAACUCCUCAAAGCAGUACUCCACCAAAAGAAACCAAUGGUUGUGAAAAAAAAGAAAUUGAGAGGGAUGUUGAAAAGGCUGAAGACACAGAUGAAGAGUGUUGGUAUCCAAAAAACAUGGAGGAACUGGUGACCGUUGACGAAGUCGGAGGAGAGGAUGACAUCAUUGAACCAGACCUCCCUGAGAUAGACGAGUCCCCGGACAAGUUUGUGCACCUGGAAGCUCAUCGCAUCGUCUGUGCAGAAGGGCCAAACACGAAGGAGGCCGAGACAGACGGAAAGACUAGUGAGGAGGCUCAACCAAAAUCAUCUAUAAUGGAGAACUUUGAGAGUAACAAACGUGAAGUGAGUCCUGAAGAACCAAAACCUCACUUUCAGAGCGAGGUCAAAGCCAUGGCCACCUCUAAUGGCCGUAUACAGACAGAAGUUAUUAACAAAGAAGAAGAAAAAGUGCAAGAAACUGAAACUAUACUCAACGGGGCUCAAUUUACACAAGAUAUUGAAGUGCCGUCACCAUCGUGCGAGCAAGACAAGGUGGUCAAUGAACACAGCAUCCCGUUAGGUGUGGAGUUCAUUGUUCCACAGGCUGGUUUUUACUGUAAGCUCUGUAGCCUCUUUUACACCAGCGAAGAAACAGCCAAGGCAGCUCACUGUCGCAGCGUGGUGCACUACAGAAACCUCCAGAAAUACUUGUCACACCUGGCAGAAGAGAGCCUUUUUAGCCCCUGCAGCAGCUCUCCGCCGCCACAGUGA